AGCAGUACGGGGCACUCUUUGUUUUUCUUUUCUUUUUCUGUUUUUCGUCUACCGCAUGUUGCUCCCCGUCUUCACACAUACACAUACACACAAGGAAGCGACGACGACCACCACAACAUAAUCAUUCUAUAGUACUUCUGUGCGUGUGAUUAUCUGUAGCAGCUCCACCAAAGCUCCUUUCUUCUCACUUUAAAAGCAGAAUUGUUUGCUGCUGUGUAAGCGCUCGGCUCGACAGCGAUGUCCAGCUCCUCCUACAAAAGUCGCCACAUCGGUGAGGCGGCUGUCGAUGCCGCCAACACAGAAAACAGCGGACCGGGCAGCAGCGGCAGCAGCAGCACCAGCAGCCGACGUAAACAGCAGCAGGAGCAGCAGCAGCAGCAGCAACGCGAGAGUGCGGCGGCGCGUGGCGCGAAGAGUAACUUUGGCACUCCCACCAUGUUGGGUAUUCAGUACACCGCCGAUGAGGCCAGCAACGUCUACAACAAAGUGAGUACGCUGCACGGCUACACCUUUUCCGUGCCCCCGGUGAACCGCUUCCACAGCAAAACCGCCGAGGCAAAGUUCACGCAGCUGACCGGCGGUCUCAACCCGAGGUUCGAGGCGAACAAGUUUGACAACCUGCGGGAACGGCUGCAGGUGGCGGAGAAGCGUGACAAGGACGGCCACCUUCAGGCGAUUGCCAUGCUGUACGCCGAGUUUCUUGGCAACAACUUCCUAAAGGCGAAAGACCUCGACUACGCCGAGAUCGAGCGCUGCUUCUAUCCGAACUACGCGCCCGAGUACGACAAGUUGCUGAGGGCGGUUGGUUUAGCGAAGCCGUGGUGGUGGCGACAGGGUAUGUUCUCAUCGCUGGAGGACAUCUCCCGCCUCCCGCUUGACCGCUGCAACGUGGAGAGGGAGGCCGCGCUCAGCUUUGAGGAAUGGUACUCGCUUUUCUGGAACUACUACCAACCCUUUCAUACGCUGGCCUAUCUGUGCAUGAUCACGGCACAGUCCUUCAUUUACACUCGCGAGCUGGUCGACAGCGUGGCCGACUACCUGGCGGAACGCCACGCGCUGAUUACGGAGGAGAAGGCGAGAAACGCGCCUAUUUUGUUUCUUGGCACGCGUACUGGCAAGCUGGGUGCGCUGCUGAAUGCGACGAAGAAGAUCCCCGUCCCGAUCAUUCACGCGCACGAGAACCCGAACUCGAAUCCGUAUUUAAUGAUGAUCCCGCAAGACAAGCAGGCAGAGUUCAAGCCCAAUCCGAUCAUUAAGAUGAAAAACCAAGCGGCGCUGGAGAAGUACGAACCGAGCAUCGUGCUGUUGGCGGACAUGAUCAUGAACUCCGACCCCACCGCACAGAUACGCCAGCAGGGAUCGGUGCGCGAGUAUGUCUACUUCGGCGUGCCGGACAGCUACAGCGAGGGACACGCGUGGGAUACGUGGGGCUACUUUAAGUAUCGUGAGCGGGGGACCGACUACAUUCCGGCGUACAUGCGGGAGGGCUUUGGCAAGGUGUCGCUGCCGCACUUAUCGCGAUGGAUGGUGCACAAGCUGGACAGCGAGAUGCAGAUGGGCAACGGCGCGGUGACGGCGUGGAUUCGAACCCCAUUGCUGCCACACGCGAGCACCAGGUGGCGGUGGCGCAUGACGCGCUUCAAGCCUUUUUACUAG